AGACCAUUAGACAGAUAAAAAAAAAGGUUUUCGUUGAAUUCGUUUUCUACUUUAUUUCUUUGUCAACCGUUGCUUAUCGUGUCUCCCACUUUUACUCCUUGUUGGCACACUAUGAAAUUGGCUUCCAUUGUAUGUGUUUUAGUCGCUUGUGCGACGACGGUUUUCACAAGCCCAAUAACGAAGCGCGCUGAAACCGGUGAAGCGUUGAUGUUGUAUGGUUACAAUCCUCCUCGAGUGAAUCCAGACUAUUGCAUUGGGUUCCGUAUCACCUAUCCCACAUACCCAGGAUUGGCUUUCCAGGCCCAUUCCGUUCAACAACUUGCAUGGGAAGUCGACCAAAAUAUUCCCAACGCCCCAGACAUCAUUACUCGUAUCCGUAUUCUCAACAGCACCCAACACAAUCAAUAUGUCAUUGGUGAAAACAUGUCACUUUACACCAACGGUAACACGGGAACUACCAGUUUCCCCUUGGACGUGGAGGAUGUCAGUGGACUCUAUCACUACCGUAUCAUGGUCAACUAUGUUGGUACUGCUGUCCAUUGUGUGUAUGAGUCGGUACCUUUUGUCAUCUUGCAAGAUCCUUUUAAGAAAUACGUCACUGGCGGUCCCGCUCGUAUCCAGCCUCCAACACCUACACCGGCUCAACCUGCAAAGGAGUUGAAUAUCUUGACGGUCACCGAUCACGAAGCAUAAGAUCUUUUUACGUAGUUUUUAUUUUCUUGUUUUUAUAGCACAUCCAUUUAUGUCAAGGAUCUUUUUUUCCUUAUCUCGUUUCCCAUACCAUUGUCGCUGCUGUAGAAUAAAAAAAGAUAUCCUUAUCUCUCAAUAUACAGUAUUUGUGAAUACGAUUAUUUUACCGUAUGGCGC